AUGAUAGCUCGCUAUGCUCUCCGAACUCCAGGACAUGGUGCACCAACUUUCUUGAUAGAAGUGAUAAAGCAAUUGAAGAAAGGAAGAGAUAUUAUUCCCAAGAUCCUUGCAGAGACAUUCAAAGGAUUUGAUGAUAUGAGCCAUAGCCACAGAACUGGUGGCAAUGGUGGUGGCGGUGGUGGAGGAAGUGGUGGUGGUAAAGGAGGAAGAGGUGGUGCCGAUGCCGGUGCCGGUUGUGGUGGGGGAGGUCGUGGUGGAGAUGGUAGUGGUAGUGGUAGUAGUAGUGGUGGUGGUGGUGGUGAAGGUGGAGGUGGAGUUUGA